AUGCAAUCUGGUGAUACUGACGAUGCAACUUUACAAGGUAUCGGAGUCCUUCCAGAAACUAGAACCGCCGUUCGAUCCACCCUAUUAGUCACGGUCCUGACUACUUCGUCGCCUGGCCAGAUUGCUACCACAACUUCCGCAUCUCUAAGUCCUUCUGGUGCUUCCACAACAGCGAGCACGACGACCGAUGAUGCAGCAUUAUUGUUCACGAUCGCUCCCAGCAUUCAACAAGCAAACGGCCAACAGAAACGCGAUAUCUCCGAGCGUCAAGCCGUCUUUGGUGGUUUCGUCGGUGCUGACGAUCCGCAGGCUAAUUGUAGUGAGGGUCAGCGAUUUCUGAUUGCCGACGGCGAAUUGAUAAGCGAAAAUCAGUUCAUUUCCACAGACCCAGGUGCUCCAUUCAUAGAGCUGGUACCGGAAAUCAAACGAUCUAUCUCCAAGACCUUCGAACUAAUUAAUUCAACACUGCAUUGGGUCAACGAGAACAACUUUCUGGGGGGUGAAGCCAGGUUUUGCCAAAUCCCAUCAGGUGUUGUCUAUGCAACAUUCAUGGGCCGGGACAAUCAGCCAGAUCAGUGCCAGCCCAUAUCGAUCAUUGCUUAUAAAGCGCGGCAAUGUGUCAAUGGAGUCAUUGUACCUGAAGAGGGUUCCCCUAUUUCCUCUGCCACUGAUCUAGCUCAGUCUUCUAGAAGCUCCUCAUCGGUUCAGAUAAACACUGUGCCGACCACUGGACAGUACGACACUAGAAAGCAUCUCAGAAAGGUCAAUAACAACAACGUCGACAAGAGUCGGGACCCUAGCAAUCAGCUCCACAACACUAUCAUCGACCGCAGCCGCCUCAUCUACCAGCCUCUCAUCGGCAACACUUGUGCCUACAACACUUUCAUCUAUGACAGCAGCCAACUCGACAACAGCGCUAUUGACAACGAUCACAUCGACAACCAUCCCAAUGGGGACAACCACGACAACUGCGCCGACAAUCCUACCAUCUACAAAAACAGACUCAUCGACAACGCUUCCAUCUACAGCACUGUUAUCUACAACACUCUCGACUACAGUAAUCUCAUCUAUAAUGCUCCCACCUAUAACACUCCAGUCUACAGUAUCCCCAUCGACGACGCUUUUUCCUACAAUACUUCCAUCAACAGUGACUACGUCUACAACAUCCCCAGCAGCUACACCUUCGGGGAUCACAUUGUAGUCCCAGGAUGUCCGGCUGAUGAUGCUCAAGUCGUAUCACUAGAGAUAGACAAUUCACCAGCCAUCGAAGCUGAUCCGGACAUCUACUUCACCACAAGAUGUAGAGUAAUUGAUCAGGUACUGAGAUGCGAGGCUGGAGACGACGAAUUUUCCUAUUUGGGUUUCACAGAAUCCGGAGGAGUGCCGUCUCAGUUGCAGCUGUACGCUUCGCCCGGUUCGUUUGAACGCUCUCUGUCAACAUUCGACCUUCUUGUUCAAUAUGGAACAGACUGUGAAGUCAGUGCUGCACGUAACAGCGACACUGAGGGCACAUCGACUAGGGUUACCUACUUGACUACAACAAUUGUCUCAUCGUCAGUUACAGACAACAGCCCUCCCACUACUACAGUGCUGGAAUCGAGCACGAUAUUGUCGCCGGCAGGUAGCAGUCUUACUACCGCAAAGCCGCUUGAUUCGAGAACUGCCUCAUCAUCGAGCGGAGAUGGAAACACUCCAGCGGUUACCACCCUUCAAAAUAGACAUGUCGGGUGA